UUGAAACAAUAUCAACCCUAUUGUUUACAAAAAAACACGCAAGGGGAACUCUGCUGAAGUGAAGAAGGCGUUUGUGGUAGACGAUUCCAUGACAAAUUAGCCGCAAAAAUGUUGCGCAUACGUCGACGUUUUGCGCUGGUGAUAUGCACCGCCUGCCUUCUAGUCUUCCUCAGCCUCUAUGUGAUCCUCAACCUUGCAGCACCGGCAGUCACUCAAAAAAAGCCAAACUAUGUGGCUAUUGAGAAUAAACUGCGGCAACUGGAAAACGGUCUGCAGGAGCACGGCGAGGAGAUGCGAAACCUGCAGGCUCGUAUUUCCAAAGUCAGGAACGAACCUCUUAUUGCCCCGCCUGAAGUGCAGCGGUCGAGUCCUGGACAGUGCCAGGAUGUGGUCCAGCAAAUCCCUGAGGUGGAGGUGCAGAUGCUAGACCUGUACGACCGCAUGUCAUUCAAAGACAUUGAUGGUGGUGUGUGGAAGCAGGGAUGGAACAUCAAGUAUGAUCCCCUGAAGUACAACGCCCACCAUAAGCUGAAGGUGUUUGUGGUGCCGCACUCCCACAACGAUCCUGGUUGGAUCCAAACAUUUGAGGACUAUUACCAGCACGACACAAAGCACAUCCUGUCGAACGCCUUACGACACUUGCAUGAGAACCCCGAAAUGAAGUUUAUCUGGGCAGAGAUUUCGUACUUUUCCCGCUUUUUCCACGAUCUGGGCGAGAACAAAAAGCUUCAGAUGAAAUCUAUUGUUAAAAGCGGUCAGCUGGAAUUCGUCACUGGAGGAUGGGUCAUGCCCGAUGAAGCCAACUCGCAUUGGCGCAACGUGUUGCUGCAGCUAACCGAAGGUCAGACCUGGUUGAAGCAGUAUUUGAACGUAACUCCCACAGCAUCCUGGGCCAUCGAUCCAUUUGGGCACAGUCCUACCAUGCCUUACAUACUGAAAAAGAGCGGUUUCAAGGACAUGCUUAUCCAGAGGACACACUAUUCCGUCAAAAAGGAGCUGGCGCAGCAACGGAAGUUGGAGUUCUACUGGCGUCAGAUUUGGGACAGCCAGGGCGACACGGCGCUUUUCACGCACAUGAUGCCCUUUUAUUCGUAUGACAUUCCGCACACCUGCGGACCAGAUCCCAAGGUGUGCUGUCAGUUCGACUUUAAGCGUCUGGGUGCUUUCGGGAUAAGCUGUCCAUGGAGGGUGCCACCUCGAGCCAUCGUCGAUGGAAAUGUGGCAGCUCGAUCUGACAUGUUAGUGGACCAAUGGAAGAAGAAGGCUGAACUGUAUCGCACCAAUGUGCUUCUAGUUCCUUUGGGAGAUGACUUCCGUUUCAAGCAGAACACCGAGUGGGAUGUUCAGAGGGUCAACUAUGAAAAGCUCUUCGAGCAUAUCAAUAGCCAGGCACACUUUAAUGUUGAGGCGCAGUUUGGCACCCUUCAGGAGUACUUCAAUGCAGUGCACCAAGCGGAGGGCCUGGGACAGACCGCAUUCCCAUCGCUAAGUGGAGAUUUCUUUACAUACGCGGAUCGCACGGACAACUACUGGAGCGGAUACUACACCUCCCGGCCUUACCACAAGAGGAUGGAUCGAGUGUUGAUGCACUACGUUCGCUCUGCGGAAAUGCUUUCGGCUUGGCACUCUUGGGACGGAAUGGCACGAAUCGAGGAGCGCCUGGAGCUUGCUCGCCGCGAACUGUCGCUAUUUCAGCAUCACGAUGGUAUCACCGGCACAGCCAAAACUCAUGUCGUUAAGGACUACGAGACUCGCAUGCAAGAAGCAUUGAAAGCGUGCCAGGCGGUGAUGCAACAGUCCGUCUACCGGCUACUCACCAAGCCAUCGAUCUACAGUCCAGAAUUCAGCUUUUCGUACUUUACGCUCGACGAUUCGCGCUGGCCGGGAUCGGGCGUGGAGGACAGCCGCACUACCAUAAUCUUGGGCGAGGAGCUGCCUACCAAGCAUGUUGUCUUGCACAAUACUUUGCCCCAUUGGCGAGAGCAGCUGGUGGACUUCUAUGUGUCCAGUCCGUUCAUUAGCGUCAGUGACCUAACCAACAAUCCUGUGGAGGCUCAGGUAACCCCAGUGUGGAGCUGGCAUCACGACACGCUCACCAAGACCAUCCAUCCGCAAGGAUCCACUACCAAGUUCCGCAUUAUAUUCAAGGCGCGCGUGCCCCCCAUGGGACUGGCAACCUACAUCCUGACUAUUUCGGAAUCUAAGCCACAACACACUUCAUAUGCCUCAAACCUGCUGAUGCGCUCCUCCUCGUUUGCCGUUCCGUUGGGCCAGUAUCCGGAGGAUGUAAAGUUUGGCGAGCAUCGAGAAAUAUCACUGAGGGUGGGAAAUGGUCCCACCUUGGCCUUCUCGGAAGAUGGUCUGCUCAAGUCUAUGCAGCUUUCGCAGGAUAGCCCUCAUGUGCCGGUGCAUCUAAAGUUCCUGAAGUACGGAACCCGCCAGCAUGGAGACAGGUCCGGAGCCUAUCUAUUUCUACCCAAUGGACCGGCCACGCCUUUCCGCGUGAGCAGCCCCGUUGUAUUGGUUAGUGAAGGCAAGCUGGAGUCCUCGGUGAGCGUGGGCCUGCCGAGUGUGGUGCACCAAACCAUAAUGCGCGGUGGCGCCCCUGAGAUUCGCAACUUGGUGGACAUUGGAGAGCUGGAUAACACCGAAAUCGUGAUGCGACUGCAAACGCAUAUCGACAGCGGCAAUAUAUUCUACUCGGACCUCAAUGGCCUGCAGCUUAUAAAGCGACGUCGCCUCGAAAAGCUGCCUCUCCAAGCAAACUACUAUCCUGUUCCCUCGGCCAUGUUCAUAGAGGAUGCCAACAUGCGGCUCACUCUCCUCACUGGCCAACCGCUGGGUGGAUCGUCACUGGCUUCGGGCGAGAUCGAGAUUAUGCAGGAUCGCCGGCUGGCAAGCGAUGACGAGCGUGGCCUUGGCCAAGGGGUGCUGGACAAUAAACCUGUUCUGCAUAUCUACCGCUUGGUGCUGGAACGGAUUAACAACUGCUUGCGGCUAUCGGAGCAGCAUCCUGCCGGCUACCUAACGAGCGCGGCCCAUAAAGCCUCGCAGUCGCUUCUGGACCCGCUGGAUAAGUUCAUAUUCGCGGAGAACGAAUGGAUCGGGGUGCAGGCGCAAUUUGGUGGUGACCAUGCCUCCGUUCGAGAGGAUCUCGAUGUGUCUGUCAUGCGAAGACUUACCAAGAGUUCCGCAAAGACACAACGCAUAGGAUACGUGUUGCACCGAACCAAUCUGAUGCAGUGCGGGGCAGACAGUCAGUUGCCACAAAAGAUUGAUGCUUGUCACCUGCUGCCGAACACUGCCAGGUGCGAACGUACCACCCUAACUUUCCUUCAGACCCUGGAACAGUUGGAGCCCAUCGCUGCCCCCGAAGUGUGUCCCAUGGAAACUGUGGCCCUCGUGAGCAGUCACACGAGCUGA